AUAUAAUUUUCACAAAGCGGCCAUCGCGUUUUCGGGUACAUUUUUCGUGUCUCACUGUUUUAACAAAUACCGACGAAUAACACCUAGUUCUCUAUCCAGAAGUGUAAUACUCGUGUGGCCGAAAGUUUCAGUUAGCUGGAAAAGGUGAAUUUUAGGUGCUGCAGAACUAUUCGUCGCUUGUUUUAAAGCGUUUAUUCAUACCACACUUGAAAGAUAGAAGUGAAGAAAAAUCUGAAGCAAAAUGGCUGACCAAGAUGCCAACGGGUACAACGACGAAAGCGAUUUCAAACGCAAGAAUAACAAAAACAUGGACAACGACCAGGACCUCGAAGAGGAAAGGGAAAACCAGCAGCAAUCACAGAAAGCCCAGGAAUAUAUUAAGGGUAUGAUUGCCGAGCGGAUUUCCAUGGAACGCAAAUACCCGAUUGCCGAUCGGUUGCUGGAAGUUGAAAUUGAGAAUGUCCAGAAAACGGGUAAACCGCCAGCACGUCGUUAUAUUGAUAUCUAUCGGGAGAAGCAUAUUAAGGUCACCGUUAAAAUUCUGGUUCCAAUCAAGGAACAUCCACGUUUCAACUUUGUCGGUAAACUGCUGGGACCGAAGGGAAACACCUUGAAGCGGCUACAGGAGGACACGAUGUGCAAGAUGGCAAUCCUUGGUCGCGGCUCGAUGAAGGAUCGCAAGAAGGAAGAGGAACUGCGCAGUGGCAUGGAUCCGAAGUACGCCCAUCUGAACGAUGAUCUGCACGUGGAGGUCAACGCCAACGGACCACCCGCGGAAGUACACGCUCGCAUCGCAUACGCGAUGGCAGAACUGCGCAAAUAUCUCAUUCCCGACAGCAACGACUUCAUCCGACAGGAGCAAAUGCGCGAACUGAUGGAGGACAACGAGAGUGAAGUCCCGCCAAAGAAACCUUUCAAGAAAACACCGAUACAUAUGGAGGCUCCCUCACCCCCAAUUCCAGUGGCUCGACCCGUACCGGUGCAGAAAAAGGUGCUGUCAAUUCUAGAUAAGGCACGAGCUGCAAUGGAGGAUACACAUGGAGGACCGAGGCCAGUAGCACCGCAACGCUAUGAAGAGCCAGCGUAUGAUCACGGAUACGAGCCAAAUUACGCGUAUCAUCAGCCAGGACCGCCACCACCACCACGCCCGAAAUACGCACCCGAAGCUCCCGAAUACGAGCAGGAGUACCGCCGUGAGUACUAUCGUGAACCGGGGCCUUAUGCAGCUGCUGGAGGCUAUCGACGGAUGCCCGUACUCUACCAACCCGCGGCAGCUGGUAAUCCUGUGAGUCAAGGAUUCUUCACUGCGCGCCGACCUAUGCCUUUGGCUAACCGCAGUCCGUAUCCGCAGCAGCAACGAUUCAUUCCGGAGUAAUAGAUAGGUGGAACCCGUGGCAGUUAGUUACGCUGUUGUUCUACAGCUACAGCUACAGGAAAGGACGCGCUUCAGCCAUGGUCGGCAGCAAGGAGCCAAAUGAGGGCUCGCGUCUGAGUUGAGCAGGAAGCCACUGCUCCGAGGUGGAUAACCGGGAAGUUUUGAUUAAACUUUCCCUAAACUGCCAUGCUUUAGUGCGAAGAAUGUCUUAAGUCUUCUAUUGACGACGACGAAGGAAAACAAAACUUUGAGCUUACAAUUUGUGUUUAUUUCUGAGCUAUGCCAACAAGUCUACUUUACAAAUUUGAUGACAUUUUUUUCUUUUGUAAAUUAGGACGCGAAAAUUGGAAUUGAAUUGCAUAUUACAUGUUUUUUUUUUUCACUCUAGUAAUUCUAUGAACUAUAUCUUCAUUCUGUUAGUAUAUCACAAUUAUUAUCGAUGCUACUUCGAUUUCUUUUUCUUUACUUUUGUCUGUUCUAUGAAACACGAUCUCUUGUACUUGGUUUUAAAUUUAAAAAAUGCCCUAAAUUAAGACUGCAGCUACCGUGGCGAUUGAAUAAUUAAGCGUGAUAUAUUUCAACUGUUAUUUUACUUAAUUUUACUAUCCGUCUUGCAGCAUUAUAACUUUGUCCUUGUUGGGGUUUUCUCUAUCCAUCUUCAUUAUAUAAUCUUUAUCAUAAAUUGUAGUUAAUACCGAGUGACCAAGGAAAGAACAAGCGAAAACUCUGUUUCGCUUUUGUGAUGUACAGAAUUAUUAUUCUUGCAUGCUACCAGAAUUAUCACUCUUUGGAGUCGACAGUGAAAAAGUUUCUAAAGUCAAUCAGGGUCAUAUAACGAGCUUCGACGAGCAACUCGUCUCACUUGGAAUACAUGAUCGCGUCGAGUCUACUCGACAUCUAUAAUAGGACCCGCAAUCACAUUGUUAGGGUAAUUGUAAAUUCAAACAAAUGCCGCGGCUGCUUCAGAACAAUUAAUUUGUUGCAUGUAGACAAGUCAUGUUUGCCCAGAAACGCAUAUGCAUGUAUGUAAAUGGUCAAUGUUGUUUUUAGGUUCCGUUUCGGCUUAAACCCGAAGUGUAUUUUUUGAGUAUAUAUAUAUAAGAAAGUUAAAUUUGAAUUUCUGCAACAACAACAACCCAUCCAUCGAAAUAUAUCGGUGUUUCAAAAGUGCAAGUUUGCUGCAAAUUGUAACCGGAACAAUUUUCAUUAUCAGUUAUUUCGGGUAUUGCAGAGAAUUCUCUGUAGUCUUACAUAUUUCCAUAGUUCUCGGAGAAAAAAUAACAAAAAGAAUGAGUUGCAAUUUAUUUUUUAGCGUUGUACAGACAACCCACUUUCGUUGGAAUUAUUUUAGGUUGCUCUAUCCGACUCUACCUAGUCUAAUUAAUCUACCCGACUCGACUACUGUGAUACCAAAAUUGGCCAGUUAAGUAAAGUGACUCCCGACUUAUCCCAUGUAAUGGGCCGCACACAACCGUACGCAUUGCUAAAGUGCUUAUAAUUCAUUUUCACUGCCAGGCUGCGACAACUGAAAUUAAUAGAGGCCUGAUCAAGCCUAUAAAAGACCCCAUCUUUCCUUGACCCAAAUAUAACAUUUCAACCAUACACAUAUUGAUUAUUACAUUCUGUGUAACUUGAGAACCUAAUACUAACCUCUAUCCAGCGACUCCUAUCCUAACCUCCACGAGGGAUACCGGGAUACGAGUAACCUUACCGGACAUCAGGUAACCAAUUUCAGGUGGAAACUGGUCGUAUGCUGACUGAGAAGGGGGGUCAUACGCGACCCCAUCAUGAAAUACUGUAUCCUGCCAACUUCACCUAAUAUGAAACCUCUCCUUACCACGAUGACGAAAUUAGGAAUACGAAACGGAACAAUCGCAAAGCCCAGACUACGAGCCCGAAAACAGAAAACGGUAAUCGAUUGGAAACAAGAGUCAUCCGGUGGAGGCAUGCGUAUAUGCGUGUUGAGGAUUAAGUGCAAGUUCUUCAACUACAGUUUAAUCAACACCUACGCACCGACAAACAACAAAUCCGAUGACGUCAAAGAUGAUUUCCAUGAAAAACUGGAACGGUCCUAUGAUGAGUGCCCAGAAUACGACGUAAAAAUCGUCAUCGGAGAUGCAAACGCACAAGUUAGAAUGAACGAAUUCUUCCGUCAACCAUUUGUCACUUGUCGAUCAUUGAAAACGGCCUGAAGCUGAUAAACUUUGGCGCGGCCAGAGGAAGGCCAUUUGCAGCUCCUAUUCUCAUUUUUUCUAUUUUUUAUUUUUUCUAUGUUUGUAUUUUCGGAAACCUGGAGGCGAGCCUGGAUGCAUCCAAAUAGUCUACUCCCAAAUCGAUCACGUACUAAUUGAUGGUCGGCACUUUUCGGAUGUUACUGAUGUUAGGUCUUUUCAGGGAACAAACAUUGACUCUGGUCAUUAUUUCGUCGUUUGCAAAAUCCGCACACGGUUGUCGAACGUGCCGAAAUCUCGCACGGAGAAGACGAUGCGUCUCGGAUACAGCGGUUGAAAGCUGGUGGCGUGGCAAAAGAAUACGCCAGAAAGCUGGAUCAACGGAUAGCAGAACAGCGGGAGAAACGAGUUGAAAACAUAAAUAGAUUGUACAUACUACUGUAUUUACAAUGCCUAUCAAACGACUGCGAGAGAGGUGGACCUGAGUGCCAAAGAGUGACGAACGAAAAGAACCGUCCCAGAAGCCGCAUGCUCACUAUGGCUACACGUCAGAACAGAGAUAGAUACAGGGAGACAAGAGCUGCCAAAAAUAGAUUCCUCCUUCGGAAGAAACGCGAGUACGAGGAGCAAGUGUUCGCCAGCGCCGAGAACAACUUUGCUAGAAACGGCGUGCGGUAAGAAGCAGGAGCGGCGAGAGGUCGCACAGUUUUUUUGCUUUUUGGUUUUGUAUGAGAACAAGAGAGACCGAAAUAAUUCUUUACUACGAGCAGGUAUGAAUGGUAGAAGUGUAAUAAAAUUUUGAGUGUAAAAUGCGUUCUCUCCACCGCUAGUUAUCGAUAUUACUUAAAAUAAAGAGAUUUUGUCUCGUU